AUGUCGGCACUCAGACAGAGGGCAGCACAGCUUGCCAGGCAGGCCCGGACAGCUCGGCCCUCCGGAGCCCAGAGCACCAGGUCGUACGCCUCGAGCCACGGCCACCACGAGGCCCCGCACACUGUCGAGGAAUCGCUCGGACCUGCGUUCUUCAUCACUAUGGGCACGUUUGUCGGCUCCGUCUUCGUCUACCAGAUCUCACGCCCUGGCGAAAACGGCGAGCUCUCGACCAUUCACAAGUGGAUUGAGAAGAUCUCAAACUACGGCACCGAAUGGGAGACGAAGAACCACCUGAUGGCGGCGGCCAUCCAACAGGCGGCCCACGACAAGCACCUCCUCUACGGCGCCGAGCGGAGCAAGUACCACGAGCUGUCAUACCCUGAGGUAUUUACACAUGGGUCGCCCUUCAAUGUCCCGGCCGGACACUACCCGAACAUCAGCAAGGUCGUUGCCCACUACCAGAAGCAGCAUCACGACGACGAGGCGCGCAAGGCGAAGAAGCUGGCAGCGGCAGCAGCAACAGCGGCGGCCUCCGAGUAG